AUUUAAACGCUGAUUGUACGGAGUUUGUUACUGUCCAUGAAUGACGGUAUAGUUCGAUUCCAUUCUAAGGGAUUUUUUUCCAAGAUUUGGAGCUUUUGGAGCUAAUUUUCAAUCUGGAAAUACGGAAAACAAACUAAAAAUGAGAAGAACGAAAUUCAAUCUUGCAACAAUGAAAUCCAUGAUUCAGUCUUAACAAUUUGAAUUUUAUACGUUCCAACGUUGUGAUUUCCUCUUAUGGAGAAGGGAGUUAUGAGGGAGUAUACUUAACACAAUUCUUAUAAAAAAUCAAUAUUCUUUUUAUCUGAAUAUAACAUAUUAUACAACUUUGCAUUUAACAAUAGGAAUAAAUAAGAAUAUGAAUUAUACAUUCUAAUAUUAAAAGUCAUGUAAAAUUAAAUUUUAUAUAAUUUAUCUCACGUAUGUUGUUAUUACUUUCAGUUGUUCUUUGGAUGAAACACAAGAUUUAGAAGAAAAUAUUUUCCAAGAUUAAAGAAAAACUUGAAUAUUAGAAAUACUGCUUUACUUCAGUGCUCUUCAUUUAAAAACAUGAAAGAAGCAAAAGAUAAAAGGAAUCAAAAGAAACUUUUAUGUAAACACUGUAAGAAGAAUUUUGCAACUAGACAAAGUUUGCAAACUCAUGAAAGAAUCCAUACUGGAGAAAAGCCAUACAGUUGUAACGAGUGUAAACAGACGUUUAGACAAAAGGGAAACUUAACUGAACAUCUUCGGACCCAUACUGGAGAAAAGCCAUACAGUUGUAACGAGUGUAAACAGAAGUUUAGACAAAAGGGAAACUUAACUGAACAUCUUCGGAUCCAUACUGGAGAAAAGCCAUACAGUUGUAACGAGUGUAAACAGACGUUUAGACAAAAGGGAAACUUAACUGAACAUCUUCGGAUCCAUACUGGAGAAAAGCCAUACAGUUGUAACGAGUGUAAACAGAAGUUCAGACAAAAGGGAAACUUACUUGCUCACUUUCGGAUCCAUACUGGAGAAAAGCCAUACAGUUGUGACGAGUGUAAACAGAAGUUUAGACAAAAAGCGCAUUUAAUUAAACACUUUAGGACCCACAAUAGACAAAAGCCCUGUGAAUGUUAAUUAUGUCCACCAAAAUUCAUUCAAAACCAAGAUCUAAAAGUACAUUAGAAUAUUCACUUAGAAAUUUCAAAGGAAUAUUAUUUUUAAUUUCUAUUGAUGUAUAAUGAUUGAAAGAUGUAGGCAAAACUGGUUUUAAAUUAAAAUUGUUUUUCCAAUUUCCAAAAAGUUUGGACUAAAAAACAUUACAAUAUUCAUAUUCAGACGUUAUUCUCUUUGAAUUUUAUAAUUAUAUUUAAAAAAAGUAACACCCAUCGAUUUCGAUAUUUUUAGC